AUGGCAACCUAUGAAAAUCGUUAACCUUAAAUUUUUAACAUAAAAACCAAAUAAAACAUAUCCAUGCCUUUGCCUCAAACUCCUCGCAAAGAGUAUUUUUAAAUAUCUGACAGAUUUAAAAAAAUCAAAUUUUUGGGAAAAGGCAAAUAUAGCGAUGUUUAUAUGGCUGUGUAUAAAAUAAUAAACUAUUUUAUAGUGACAAGAUAACUAAUUGUAUAUUCGCAAUCAAAAUAAUAAAGAAGUCAAUCAUUAAUUAAUUCAAUCUCUCGAAAUUGUUAACAUAAGAAAUAAAAAUAUUAUCUUAAUUGAAUCAUUCUAAUAUAAUGAAAUUUUAUGGUGUGAUGAGUGAUGAUAAAGAAGUGGUAAUAAUUUUGGAAUGUUGUGAAUCUUCGCUAUACAAACUAUAUGAUAAAUUAGAUUAAAUAAAUGAAGUAUAGAAAUAAUAAAUGAUAUAUGAAAUAUUGCAAGCAUUUUCGUAUUUACAUGAUAGACGUAUAGUUCAUAGAGAUGUGAAACCUGAAAAUAUUAUGAUGAUUUAGAAUCACAUAAAAAUUGGAGAUUUCGGUUUAGCCGUUGAAUUGAAAGGAAAACAAAAAUUGAAAUCUAUAUGUGGAACUCCUUAUUAUAUGGCACCAGAAGUAUGUAAAGGAUUGGAGUACGAUAAUAAAGCUGAUUGCUAUAGUUUAGGUGUAAUAAUAGAAGAAUUGAAAUGCAAAAGUAAUGAGAUUCGAAAUAUGGUUCAUAUAUUAAAAUAGAAUGAUUGCAAUUUAAGGGGAAAUGUUAAGGAUUUUUUGUAAUUAAAAAUAUUUUAGAAAGUGAAACAAAUUCUUUCAUAAACUAUACUUAAAUGA